AUCAUCAAUUUAUUUCAAGAUUAGAUUUAGAGAAAUUGAACGCCUCCAUUUACCCCUACCGUCUGAAUACCUUAAGCUCCCCCUCACUCUCACAUCUCCGAUCACUUUUCCGGCCACUUUCUCUCUCUAAACACACUUUCUCAAUUCUCUCUCUACACAUUCUUCAAUCUCACUCAUCCAUUAUCCCCUACAUCUCAUCUUCAACCUCUCAAAUCACCUACAUACACACACAAUUCACACAACACCUUCUAUUUCAACAGCAUCGUAAUCAUACCCGUGAGUUUGUUCCAUUAAUCCGUUGUUUACUCCGUAUUUGAUAUCGUUUCGUGUUCCCUAGGGUUUUGAUCCGGUUAAUUUGAAGAAAAAAACGAUAGUUUUGACGUAAUUUCUCGUUCUAGGGUUUCGAAAUUAGGCGUUUUUGUUCGUUGCGAUAUAAUAAGAUUGUUUUAGAAGAUUAGGUUAUUUAGCUGUAUAGCUUUUGCAUUGAAUUGCAUACAACACAUUUAAUCUUAUUAGCUUGUUCCAGAAAUUAGGUUUUGAUCUGGUGAUUAUUAGUUUGUUCAUAUCUACUGGUUUCCUAGGGUUUAGUUGGUUAAGUUGAAUAGUAAUAUCUAGUUCAGUAGAGUUAAAAUACCUUAGGGCAUGGCGUAUCGGCCGUUCCCUCCACCGCCACAGCCUCCGCUACCGAACCACGGUUCACUUCCACCUCCGCCACUUGCUCCUCUGCCCCGACCAAGUGGAAACCAGUAUGCUCAGAAUUGGGGGUAUCCGAAUUCGAAUUUUCAACAAGGUGGUUACGCGGUUCCACCUGGAAACGCUGUUGGCAAUCAGCAACAGCAGUUUACGUCGUAUCCGCCACCACCGCCGCCUCCAGAGUCUUCGUAUCCGCCACCACCGCCUCCUUCCCAGCCUGCACCACCACCAGGACCGCCAGGACAAAUGUACUUUCCGGCAUCUCAAUACUCCCAGCCUGUGCAACCGCCUCCACCGCCACCUUCUUCUCCACCUACUUCUUCAGUCCCGCCGCCUCCGCCAGCAUCACCGCCUCCUCCUCCACCGCCUUCAUCUGCCCCUGCUAGUAAUCAAACUAAGGAAAUCAGACAAGAUGGGCAUAAAAGGCCUUCUAAUGAUGUGGAAAGUAAUAAAGGGCAUCAUGCGGGUCCUUCUAGACAGCAUUCUAAGCCGUCUAAUUUACCGCCUGUGCCAGCAAGAAAGUCGAAUGGCCCUUCGGGUAGAGUUGAGACUGAAGAAGAAAGAAGGUUGCGGAAAAAGAAAGAAAUGGAGAAGCAAAAGCAGGAAGAAAAACAUAGGCAGCAGCUGAAGGAAUCUCAAAGUAAAAUCCUUCAAAAAACUCAAAUGUUAUCUUCAGGGAGUAAGCCACAUGGUUCGAUUACUGGGUCGCAUAUGGGCGAUAGGAGGGCCACAUCGUUUUUGAGUGGUGAAAGGAUCGAAAAUCGAUUGAAGAAGCCAACUACUUUUCUUUGCAAGCUGAAAUUUCGGGAUGAGUUGCCAGAUACAACAGCUCAACCAAAGCUUUUGUCUAUAAGGAGAGAUAAAGAUAGAGCUGCUAAAUACUCGAUCACUUCACUGGAAAAGGUUCAUAAGCCUCAAUUGCAUGUUGAGCCAGACCUUGGGAUACCGCUUGACCUACUCGAUCUCAGUGUAUACAACGCUCCGAAGGAUGAAAUACAUCACAUUGACCCUGAAGACCGGAUAUUGUUGCAAGAGGAUACUAGUUCAACCCCAAUAAAAAAAGAUGGACUUAAAAGAAAAGAACGCCCCACAGAUAAAGGGAUGUCUUGGUUGGUCAAAACACAAUAUAUAUCUCCUCUUAGCACUGAUGCUACAAGACAGUCUUUGACUGAAAAACAAGCGAAAGAUCUAAGGGAAAAACGCGGGAACUCCAUACUGGACAAUCUCAAUAGUAGGGAAAGGAAAAUUAAGGACAUUAAGGCCUCAUUUGAGGCUUGCAAAUCACGUCCUGUUCAUGCAACUAACAAAAAACUGCAACCUGUUGAGAUUUUACCUCUAUUCCCAGAUUUUGAUCGGUGGGAUGAUCAAUUUGUUGUUGCAACCUUUGAUGGUCCUCCGACUGUUGAUUCAGAAAGCUACAAUAAAAUGGAUAAAUCUGUUAGAGACGCCCAUGAAUCUCAGGCUGUUAUGAAAAGCUUUGUGGCAAACAUCUCUGACCCAGCUAAACCGGACAAGUUUCUGGCUUACAUGGUUCCUUCGGUUGGUGAGCUAUCAAAGGAUAUUUAUGAUGAAAAUGAAGAUAUUUCUUACACGUGGGUUCGUGAAUAUCACUGGGAUGUACGGGGUGAAGAUGCAGAUGAUCCUACAAAUUUUCUUGUGGUAUUUGGUGAAUCAGAGGCUCGUUACAUGCCUCUGCCAACAAAGCUCAUGCUUAGGAAAAAACGAGCCCGAGAAGGAAAAACAACAGAUGAGGUUGAACAUUUCCCUGUUCCUGCAAGUAUCACAGUGAGGCAAAGAUCGCAUGUUUCAGUUGAUAUGAAGGAAACCGAGAGUUAUGGUGGUUUAAAGGGGAGAAAUUCAAACCCUAGGCAUCACGGUAGAAUGGAAAUUGACGAUGAUGUCAAUCGACAUCAGCAUCAUCAUCAUCAUAACGACAUGGAUGAUGGUGAUAUGGACCAAUCAAGUGGAGCCGAGGAUUAUUUAUCCGAUUAACAUCUUCAAGGGUAGUUAUGGAAAUUGAAAAAAAAGAAGCUAAAAUAGCUCCAAAAAUGGAAUGAGAAAACAGAAUAUACAAAAUCUGCAGUGUGAGGUAACUGGUAAGUCAUUUUCUCACUUGUUAUCGUUUUUCCCCAUUUUUUACUGGUUGCGUUUUAUUAUAACACCCUAUUAUGUUGAAAACAUGUAGAUUAUGUAUUGCAAGCUUUAACAUAUUUCUGUACACAAGUGUUUAUUUUAUUUUUGAAGAAUCGGGAAUCUUGUUUGCUCAUUCAUAAAAUCUGAGUUCUGUUGAUUUUGAGUUAAAAAAA